UUUCUCAGAAAAAAUAUCGCAGGCCUUAUUUAGCAGUUAUAAAAUUUGGAAAAGGACUCUCCCCGUAACUGUUAAUUUCAUUACUUUCCUCCCUCUUCCUUCCAAUUCCAAUAAAAAAAAGUAUAUAAAAAAAAAUCUGCGGCGACGGCAUAUCUUUAGGGUUUAAAGAGCUUGCUCCAACAAAGGAGAGAGUAGCAGCGAAAAGAUGGGAUCGAGAGACAAGGACCAAACUACAUCGCAUCACCAGCCGCUACUUAGCAGCCUCGUCGUUCGCCCUUCAGUCAGCGACGGUGGUGAUGGUGGUGGGGGAGGCCGCGGUGGUGGCAGCGAUUACGAGCCCGGUGAGGUCCGUCGUGAUCCUCCCCCGUACUCUCGUCAAGAACGAUAUUCCGACGAUCCUGGAUAUAGAAUUCAUGCAGGUUCUGGUUCUCCUGCACGUCGUAGAGAUGCAGAUCACCGAUACGGUUCUGAUUUUGAUCAUUCAGGGGUUCCGCCUCGAGGUCGUGAAUUUGGUAGCGGGAGGGAUCCUGGUAGAUUUCGGGACUCUUCACCCCCUUAUGCUCGAGGAAGGGUUGGUGGCAGACCACCUGGUAGAGGUUUCGAUGGGCCUGGAUUUGGUCCUGGUUCUUUUAGGGGGGAGGGCAUGAGUAGUCGGAAUAAUCCCAAUGUACGCCCAAGGGAAGGAGAUUGGAUUUGUUCUGAUCCUUUAUGUGGCAACCUGAACUUUGCACGGAGAGAGUAUUGUAACAACUGUAAGAGGCCUCGCUAUGGACCUGGAGGAAGUCCACGGAGGGGCUAUCCUGGCCCUCCACCUCCACAUGCACCUCCUAGACGCUUCCCUGGUCCUCCACUAGACCUUUCCCCCAGCAGGAACAUAAAUGGUUAUAGAUCUCCUCCCCGUGGCUGGGGCAGAGAUGGCCCUAGAGAUUUUGGGCCUGGUGCUCCUCCCCCUCCUAGACAUGGAGGCAGGUUUUCUGAUCAAGAAAUACGGAGAGGUCGGCCUGAUUUUCCAGAUGAUGACUACAGAGGAAGGAACAAGUUUGACAGGCCAAUACCAGUGGAAUGGGGUCAGAGGGAACGUGGAAGGGACAAUUUUUUUAAUGAUAGAAAAGGGUUUGAGAGGCGGUUACCUUCUCCACCACCGCCACUGGCUGGACAAGUUCCUCAACGUGGUCGAUGGGGGCGAGAUGUGAGAGAGAGGAGCAGAUCCCCUAUCAGAGGUGCCCCACCGGUGAAGGACUAUCGCCGGGACAUGUACAUGGAACGAGGAAGAGAUGAUCGACGUGGUAUGGGGCGAGACAGAAUAGGGGAUGUGUAUUAGUGGCUGUGGCAAGGAUUGGAGCUUUCUGAGUAAUGUGGGUACACUGAGCGUUCUAGGAAGAAAUGGUACGACUUCGUUUUUUGAACUGAUUGUCGGACGCAUCAUAGGACUUAAUUUGUUGAGUUAGUUUCUCAUUCCUUUCAACGUGUACUAUGAUUGUGAGAUUUGAAUAUAGGAUAAAAGCCUCUUAGUUCGGUAAAAAGCUGCAUUAAUAUGCCUUGCCUUUUUAGCUGUAUCGGUAGAAGAAUCAUAGUUCAGCCA